GCAGGGCCACCCAUCCAGACACCUUACAGGAGAACUUUCCAGAAGAAACCUCACCCAGCCUCCACACUGCUGUCCUUCUGUGCACACUGCUGCAGCUGUGGUCCCAAGAUGCCAGCUCUCCAGCUGCUGUUUCUGGCCUGCUUGGUGUGGGGAAUGGGGGCCAGGACAGCACAGUUCCGAAAGGCCAAUGAUCGGAGUGGCCGAUGCCAGUACACCUUCACUGUGGCCAGCCCCAAUGAAUCUAACUGCCCAAGGGAGGAUCAGGCCAUGUCAGCCAUCCAAGAUCUUCAGAGAGACAGCAGCAUCCAGCAUGCAGACCUAGAGUCCACCAAGGCCCGGGUCAGAUCCCUGGAGAGUCUCCUCCACCAGAUGACCUUGGGCCGAGUUACUGGGACCCAGGAGGCCCAAGAGGGGCUGCAGGGCCAGUUGGGUGCCCUGAGGAGAGAACAGGACCGGCUGGAGACCCAAACCAGGGAUCUGGAGGUAGCCUAUAACAAUCUCCUGCGAGAUAAGUCGGCUUUAGAGGAAGAGAAGAGUCAGCUGGAACAAGAGAAUGAAGAUUUGGCCAGGAGGCUAGAAAGCAGCAGCCAGGAGGUAGCAAGGCUGCGGAGGGGCCAGUGUCCUCCCACCCAGUACCCCUCUCAGGACAUGCUGCCAGGCUCCAGGGAAGUCUCUCAGUGGAAUUUGGACACGUUGGCCUUCCAGGAAUUGAAGUCAGAGUUAACUGAGGUUCCUGCUUCCCAAAUCUUGAAGGAAAAUCCAUCUGGCCAACCCAGGAGCAAAGAGGGAGACAAAGGAUGUGGAGUGCUAGUCUGGGUAGGAGAGCCAGUCACCCUGAGGACAGCUGAAACAAUCGCUGGCAAGUAUGGCGUGUGGAUGAGAGACCCCAAGCCCACCCACCCCUACACCCAGGAAAGCACUUGGAGGAUUGACACAGUUGGCACAGAGAUCCGCCAGGUGUUUGAGUACAGUCAGAUAAGCCAGUUCGAGCAGGGCUAUCCUUCCAAGGUCCAUGUGCUCCCUCGGGCACUGGAGAGCACAGGUGCUGUGGUGUAUGCGGGGAGCCUCUAUUUCCAGGGGGCUGAGUCCAGAACUGUGGUCAGGUAUGAGCUGGACACAGAGACCGUGAAGGCAGAGAAGGAAAUUCCUGGAGCUGGCUACCACGGACAGUUCCCGUACGCGUGGGGUGGCUACACAGACAUUGACUUAGCUGUGGAUGAAAGCGGCCUCUGGGUCAUCUACAGCACAGAGGAAACCAAGGGGGCCAUAGUCCUCUCCAAAUUGAACCCAGAGAACCUGGAACUUGAGCGUACCUGGGAGACUAACAUCCGUAAGCAGUCUGUGGCCAAUGCUUUUGUUAUCUGUGGCAUCUUAUACACGGUGAGCAGCUACUCUUCAGCCCGUGCAACCGUCAACUUCGCCUACGACACUAACACGGGGACCAGCAAGACCCUGACCAUCCCAUUCACGAAUCGCUACAAGUACAGCAGUAUGAUCGACUACAACCCCCUGGAGAGGAAGCUGUUUGCCUGGGACAACUUCAACAUGGUCACCUAUGAUAUUAAGCUCUUGGAGAUGUGAGGAGCCUCUAUACCCACCAACAAAGGCGGGAAAAGGUGAAGUUCCGGGCUCCCAGGUGAAGCAGCUGCCAGCAGAGGCAGCCAGAUGCAGGGAGUUUCUCCUCCUGCUCAAGAUUUUGUUUAUCUGGGUCAAUGUCGCUCCCCUCUAACUGACACAUCUUCUGGACUUGUACAGUCGCAUAUACUCUGUUCUCUUCUGUCAGCUUUCAAAGGGCUCUUUUAAAAAUCACAUAGUGUAGCAGGCCAGAGGAAAAACUAGAAGUAAGGCUGUUUCUUUGUGAAACCAUUGCUUAUGGUUAUCAUAAGCCUUGCGAGGCAGCGGAGGUUUUGCGGAGCAACCGCUCCUGUGGUUAGAACUGCUCCUGCCGAAGGUGUAUUUACUCCAGCGGGCUUCUAGUGCUACAGAUACAGCGUGUGGUUGGGUGGUACGUAAACCCUUUGCCCUGUGAAAUAAAGUUAUCUUACAUGA